CUAGAUGUCGUUGCAGCAAAAAGCCAACUGCAGCAGCAUGACAAGGACUCAGUGCGGGAGAGGUGAAUGAAUGCCGACAAGCAAAAGGGUGGAAGAGAGAUGGUUCAAAUGUACUAAAGACAAAAACAGUAUAGGAAGUAAUUUUCAUGUUUGAAAACUGGAUGAAUUAAGGGGACAAUUGUGUAUCUUUAAAAAAAAACAAUUUCUGCUAACUUAAGUAAACACUGAUUAUUUGUGACUACAUUAUAUAGUUUUGACCCUACACAUCAUGUGCGACCAUACCAAAAACAGACUUCAUAAAGGGAUGAAGAAAGGGAGGGAGUGAGGGAGUGUGCCUCACACAAAGAGGAGAGAGAGAGAGAGAGAAAGAGAGGUGUGUCGUAAUUCAUCAGUUGCGAAAUGGGAAAGUUGUGAUCAGAAUUGCUUUGUUUUUUACGCUGCUACAAGCCUGCGGCAUCCUUCGUCGACCAGAAAGCGUAAAGGGCUGCUGUUUGUCCGGAGGUGCGGUCAGAAUGGAGUGGAAUGAAGUGGAUUUGGUGCAGGAAUUUACCGUUGAAGGGCAAUGCAGCAAGAUUAAAGUCCGCUCCUGCAGGAUCACUUGGGACAGCCUGCAGGUUCCCCGUGUGGAGCUAACUCUCUCUGAGCUCCAGGAAAUGGCCACAAGACAACAGCAACAAAUAGACGCUCACCAACAGAUGCUGGUUUGUAAGGAGCAAAGACUGAACUAUCUUCAACAGGGAAGCAGAUCCAACCAUGGACAAACACAGUCUGAAGCUGAGAAACUACAGCGGUUGAAGGAGCGAGUGGAGUCUCAGGAGGCAAAACUGAAGAAGAUUCGAGCCAUGAGAGGUCAAGUGGACUACAGUAAACUGAUCAAUGGGAACCUCUGUACGCCUGAACAUACUCCGGCAGAGAUUGAGCAUGUUAGCAGCUUGUUUCAGGAGAAGCAGGCUGAGUUGCAGUCUGCUGUGACUCGUGUUGAAAAGCUGACCCAACAACUGGAGGAUCUGAGGAAAGGACGCCUUCAGCUGCAUUCCGUUGCAUCCCCGCAGGGGGCACCCAACCGACCCCAAGGUAGACACACUGGAAUGAAAGCAUCCCCACUCUCUAGCCCUGCUGCCUUAGAACUGAGGAAAUUCUACCAAGAGCUGCAGGCUCGCAACCGUCACAACUUGGAGCAGAGUCGCAAGUUAGUACACAAUAAGGAGCUGUUGAACAAGAGGAAUGCUCAGGUGACAGUGAUGGAUCAACAUAUUGGAGACCUGAGGGAGCGACUGCAGAAGAAACGAGCAGAAUUGAGCCGUAUAAAUGGAGGAGGCCCACAUUCUCCUCAAAGCUCCACUCGUCCGAGUGGUGGAGUCUCAGGCCGAGUGGCUGCCGUCUGCCCUUACAUCCAAGCUCCACCUGAAGGGGGACAGAAGGCGGGGUACCACCUGUCACCUGACACAUCCCCCAAACCCUCACAACUCAGUCACGUGCGCUCCCUUUCAGACGAGGACAAGAGUGGCAUCAGCAAGUCUCCCAAGCAAUGGAAAGUGUCUGAUUUAGACAUCACCCUGUCAGAGCCAAAUGACUUACGCCCUAAGUCUCCUCAUGGGGACCAGAGUAACAACACCAGUGAAGCAUCGGAGCCAAUGAUUGGUAAAAAUGGGUCGAAUUGGAGGACCUACAGUGCAGAACAGCAUCUUCCUUCUGGUUAUGGCACUUACCCCACCACCAGCAACCACGUAACAGGGAAUCACUGCUCCACCAGCUCCCUGCCCCGAUCUGCUCCUGGCACAUUGGGAUGGCCCCGAUCGAGCCCUGUGAACGCCACGUCGUCUUCUUCAACCUCUUCCUCCUCCUCUUCACAGCAAAUUCAACAACGUAUUGCUGUCCCUCCAACUUCAAACCAAGGCUCGAACACUGGCUCCCAGACUUUGUCCUUGCCACCUCAGAGCGAACGAACAGAUCCACCUCCAGCAGUGGCUGUACGUCCUUACGUCCCUGACCAUCCAUCCAGGCCGCAGUCUCCAAGAAAGGGCCCUGCGACAAUGAACAGCAGCUCCAUCUACAGCAUGUAUCUUCAGCAGCCUCAAGCUAAGAAUUAUGGCUCACUCAGCAACAGGACUGCUGUUAAAGCAGUCUAUGGGAAACCCAUCCUGCCAACCUCCUCCACAUCUCCAUCCCCUCUUCCUUUUCUCCACAACGGAACAAGAACAGAACAUGCUACAGACAAGGAAGGAGUAAGGGGAGUUGGAGGAGGAGAACCCAUCGAUGGGUCAAAUUUACCGCCUCCGAGUGUGGACAACAUUCCUCGUCCUCUCAGUCCUACUAAGCUCACUCCAGUUGCCCACUCUCAAUUACGCUAUCAAAACGAUGCUGACCUUGAAGUCCUUCGCCGACGUCUCAGCAAUGCCCCACGACCUCUGAAGAAGCGCAGUUCGAUUACUGAACCUGAGGGCCCACAGGGGCCAAACAUUCAAAAGCUACUGUACCAGAGGUUUAACACUUUGGCUGGAGGCAUGGAAGCGGUCUCAGGCAGUCCUUUCUACCAGCCUGAUUGUGUUUUGAGUGACAUGGACAACAUCCAAUCUGCCAAGGGGAAUGUCGAACCAUGUGAAAAGCAUGCCAGCUUGACAACAGAGGACGCAGAAGUUCAAAAUUUGAACUUGGACUGUCGCCACUUAUCACCGGGGGCCAUUGAAACGGCUACCACGGGAGAAGUGAGAGAGAAUGCGUCACCACAAACGAACCUUGCCUCAACCCCUGUUAAGUCUGAAGAUCAGAAUAAUAAUCAAAGCAGUUCGAGUUUGGCCCACAGUGUGACAAGUCAGGCCUCCCCUUCACCAUCACCGCCUACCCCACCUUCAAAGCCGAAGGUGAAGCGAACCAACUUGAAAAAGCCUUCAUCGGAGCGCACGGGCCAUGGGCUUAGAGUCAAGUUUAACCCUCUAGCUCUGCUGCUUGAUGCAUCGUUAGAAGGAGAGUUUGAUCUGGUGCAGAGAAUUAUAUAUGAGGUGGAAAAUCCGAGUAUGCCAAAUGAUGAAGGCAUCACUCCUCUCCACAAUGCUGUUUGUGCUGGCCACCACCACAUUGUCAAGUUCCUGCUGGACUUUGGAGUGAAUGUGAAUGCAGCAGACAGUGAUGGAUGGACGCCUCUACACUGUGCCGCUUCUUGUAACAGUGUCCAUCUCUGUAAAAUGCUGGUCGAAUCAGGGGCAGCCAUUUUUGCCCAAACCAUUAGUGAUGUUGAAACAGCGGCAGACAAAUGUGAAGAAAUGGAGGAAGGUUACACACAGUGUUCUCAGUUCCUUUAUGGUGUUCAGGAAAAGUUGGGCGUGAUGAACAAAGGCUUGGUCUACGCGCUCUGGGACUACACAGCCCAGCAAGCUGAUGAGCUAACCAUCAGUGAGGGGGACUCGCUCGUCAUACUGCGACGGCGUGACGACACCGAGACGGAUUGGUGGUGGGCUCGACUCAAUGACCGUGAGGGAUAUGUUCCCAGGAACUUGCUCGGGCUAUAUCCAAGGAUCAAACCUAGACAACGUUCCCUGGCCUGAAGCUCAGAUCAACAUCCUUGUGCACAUUCAUCGGCAGAUCAAGGAGAGAAAGCAAUGUGUGCUUUAGGUGGAGAUGUGCAGUCGAGAUUCAAAUUAGAUGAGAAAAAAAAUUAUCCAACUGUCCCUGAACACUAACACGUUAUGUUAACAUUUUUGGAUGGUGUUUGAAUGGUGAGUUAAUAUUUUGUCAUUUUAAAAUGACUAUUUUUGUACGGUUUUCCCAGAAUUAUAAACUGCCAGUUGGCUACUGUUAUUAUCAUUCUCUGAGCUUCACAGUAUAUCGUUUUUGCCUGUACGUUUAAAUGUAACAUAUGGAGGAAUGUUUGUGACAAGGGUGACAUGGAUGUGUGUGUGAUGAUUCACAAUGCGCCGGGUGGAUGAAUGCAAAUAUUCGGCUGACUUUAAUGAAGGUGAGACGUUGUUGGUUCUGAGGUUGCAGUUGAAGCAGUUCUAAAAAGGAAAUUAAGAUUUUUCUCAAACAAGCAUGCACUGAGGAUCCCCACACAGAGCAUGAUAAAAGGGACCCAACACACUACAAUGUUAACUCGCGUAUCUGUCCCGAACUUUGCAGAGACAAGUUCUUUGAGGAGAUGAAGAACCAAAGGAAAAUAAGAAUGUGGUUGAGAGUAUUUCGAAGACAGAUUUGUAAAACCAAAAUACAUUUAGAUAGUUUGGAGUUGCAGUUCAUUUGACAAUUGUGUUUUUUCUUACAACAUUGCUAAUACCGGAACAAUACUAAACAAAUUUUGAGACUCUAGGUCAAGAGUUUUUUUUUUCUCCCACAUAUGUUGGGAAAAUAUGCAAUACCACAUGUCUGUAAACGGUAUGGUAACAGAUUUUUUUUCUUGCUUUAAUGAUGGACCUUCUAUUAAAUUGUGUUAUUCAAUCACGUAUCCAGCAUCAUGAGGCAAUUUUGGUAUCCCCAAAAUUGAGCCGACUUAUUGGGCUUCCCUGAAAAAGCAGAAAUGAACCAAACAUACAGUAAUACAUUUUUUCUCUUCAUUAAUGCAAGUUCAUAACAAUGCUCUGCAUGUAUACUCUGCAGUUUAAAUUAAAGAACUGCAACAA